AUGCUGGAUGGCACGUCCCUGCUCACCGUGGCUGCCUUCACCAGGGUACAGGCCACCUUUGGCCCUGACCUGGGCAUGUCUCUGGACAGCCAAUCUCAUCUGCUCUGCAGCAUUGCAAGUGGCCAGAUGGGCAAAGCCAGCCAGGAUGAGACCCUGCCGCCGCCCGCCCUGCCCCCUGCCCAGGGCUUCUUCCUCUGGCUCACAAUAGGAGGCUUGUACAGCCCAGACACUGGGCACCAGCAGGCUCCUCCUCCCCAACGCCCGGGCCCUUAUCAGGAAGCAAUUUGGGUUGGUGGGGAGGGGGAAGUCCGAGGCCCUGGGCUCCGCAAGGUGGGUAGGAGAGAUAGGGAAGUGGGGAGGGGGCCGUGGGGCCCUGCUGGGAGGGCCUGAGGAUGGAAGGGAUGCCGGGAGCCAGCGCUGUCCUUGCUGGCCUGGCCCUUGACAUGGUCCCAGAGCUGCCUUCCCUCCUUGCCAGGCAAGGCGCCCGCACCUUUAAUUAGCGAGCAGCAGCCUCUCCCCGAUUCAUCUCAGUCACUGUUUAAUUAG